AUAUCUUCCAACAUAUAUCUUCUAUGUACAGCAUAAAUUAGUCUCUAUAGAAAUUCUCUCAUCACACAUAUUGUCUUCCCAUAGAAACUAUGAUGGGAUUAAUGCCUCGAUCGCUUUUCAGUCUCAAAAGUUUCUCUAACAUAAUUGUAGCGAGAAGAUACAUUUUGAUCCAAAAAUCCUCUCAAAUGUCAUAUGCAAUGGGAAGCAGCCAAGAGAAGCCAUCAUCGACACCAGACUGUGAAACCAGAUACUACCGACCUGAAACCAUGGCAGAUCCAUACGUUGUGACAACCUCUAAAAGUGAUGUUAAAACGAGGAGAGGAGAAGAGUUAUGGUGGAUGCCUGAUCCGGAAACAGGAUUCUAUCGGCCUGAUACUUUUCCAAGAGAGCUCGACGCGGUUGAGCUACGGUCAAUGCAUUUGAACGGGAAUAAAAAAGCCUUGUGAGCCAAAAUGAUCUCUACAUGUGCGGUUUCCUAUUAAUUCUAGUUCAUUAAUUUGAACCGUGAACUAAGUAGUAUUGGCACAUUAUCUUU